GGCUGCGCCCGGCGUCUAGAGCGGCGGCAGUGGCGGCGGGCUAGGGCUGCGGCGCGCGCGGCUGGUUAGCGGCCGGGUCGGGCUCUGCGGGUCGGGGCUGGAGGACCAGCACGUGAGGUCGGGUCCGCAGCCCGUGACUUCACAACCAGGCGGCGGCGCUGCUGCUGCGGGGCUCCGGCACUCGGCCCGGCGGGACGGCGGGGCGGCUGGCUCCGGGGGCCGGGAAGCGCCAGACAGGGUCUCAUUCUGUCAUCCAGGCUGGAUUGCAGUGGUACAAUCUUGGCUUGCUGCAGCUUCAACCUUCUGGGCUCAAGAGAUCUACUCACUUCGGCCUCCCAAGUAGUUGGGACUACAGAUGAUGGAUUUGGACAUGCUUCUAUGAAGAAAUGCCACAUGGUCCAAGAACAAACAUGUCCAGGCUACUGCCACUUUAGGGGAAUAGGGCUCAGUGCCAACGCUUCCCGGGUUAUCAGGCGUGGUCUGACCCCAGGAUCAAGAAGCACAUCACCAAUGACAUCAUGACAGCAAGAGAGCACAGCCCUCGCCAUGGUGCCAGGGCCCGUGCAAUGCAGCGGGCUUCUACCAUCGACGUGGCGGCCGACAUGCUGGGCCUCUCUCUGGCAGGAAAUAUACAAGACCCAGAUGAGCCCAUUUUAGAAUUUAGCUUAGCUUGCAGUGAGCUGCAUACUCCAUCGCUAGAUCGAAAGCCAAAUAGUUUUGUUGCGGUGAGUGUCACCACCCCUCCUCAGGCAUUCUGGACGAAGCAUGCACAGACAGAAAUCAUUGAGGGAACCAACAAUCCUAUAUUUCUAAGCAGCAUUGCCUUCUUUCAAGACUCUCUUAUCAAUCAGAUGACACAAGUCAAACUCUCCGUAUAUGAUGUCAAAGAUAGAUCUCAGGGAACAAUGUAUUUACUGGGCUCUGGAACGUUCAUUGUCAAAGAUUUGCUCCAGGACAGGCAUCAUAGAUUGCAUUUAACACUAAGGUCUGCAGAGAGUGACCGUGUGGGUAACAUCACUGUGAUUGGCUGGCAGAUGGAGGAGAAGUCAGACCAACGGCCCCCUGUGACCCGGUCUGUGGACACUGUCAAUGGGAGGAUGGUUCUUCCCGUUGAUGAGAGCUUGACAGAGGCAUUAGGAAUCCGAUCCAAAUAUGCUUCAUUGCGAAAGGACACUUUGCUGAAAUCGGUGUUUGGAGGUGCCAUCUGCCGCAUGUACCGGUUUCCAACCACCGAUGGUAACCACUUGCGGAUCUUGGAGCAGAUGGCAGAGAGCGUGCUCUCCCUGCACGUGCCCCGGCAGUUCGUGAAGCUCCUACUAGAGGAAGAUGCAGCCAGAGUGUGUGAGCUGGAGGAGCUGGGGGAACUGUCCCCUUGCUGGGAGAGCCUCCGGCGCCAAAUUGUUACCCAGUACCAGACCAUCAUCCUCACGUACCAGGAGAACCUGACUGACCUCCAUCAGUACAAAGGGCCCUCGUUUAAAGCAAGCAGUUUGAAAGCAGAUAAAAAGUUAGAAUUUGUUCCCACAAACUUGCACAUACAAAGGAUGAGAGUUCAAGACGAUGGAGGAUCAGAUCAGAACUACGACAUCGUCACCAUCGGGGCACCAGCAGCACACUGCCAAGGUUUUAAGUCAGGAGGUCUCCGCAAAAAGCUGCACAAAUUUGAAGAGACCAAGAAACACAGUUUUGAGGAGUGUUGUACAUCAUCUGGCUGCCAGUCCAUAAUCUACAUACCACAGGAUGUCGUCAGAGCCAAGGAGAUCAUUGCCCAGAUCAACACCCUGAAAACCCAAGUUAGUUACUACGCAGAGCGGCUCUCAAGGGCAGCCAAGGACAGGUCUGCCACUGGCCUUGAGAGGACGCUCGCCAUCUUGGCAGACAAGACACGGCAGCUGGUCACGGUCUGCGACUGCAAGCUGCUUGCCAACUCCAUUCAUGGGCUGAAUGCUGCGCGGCCUGACUACAUUGCCUCCAAGGCCUCCCCCACCUCGACUGAGGAGGAGCAGGUGAUGCUUAGAAAUGACCAGGACACCCUCAUGGCCCGGUGGACGGGGAGAAACAGCCGAUCUUCCCUGCAGGUGGACUGGCAUGAGGAGGAGUGGGAGAAAGUGUGGCUGAAUGUGGACAAGAGCCUGGAGUGCAUCAUUCAGCGUGUGGACAAGCUGUUGCAGAAGGAGCGGCUGCAUGGCGAGGGCUGUGAGGACGUCUUCCCCUGUGCAGGAAGCUGUACCAACAAGAAAGGUAACCGGGACAACCACGCCUACUGGAUCAGACCAGAAGACCCCUUCUGUGAUGUCCCCUCCUCGCCAUGCCCCUCCACCAUGCCCUCCACUGCAUGCCAUCCUCACCUGACGACACAUUGCAGUCCCCCUCCUGAAGAGUCCAGCCCAGGUGAAUGGAGUGAGGCCCUUUACCCGCUGCUGACCACUCUCACUGACUGCGUGGCCAUGAUGAGUGACAAGGCCAAGAAGGCCAUGGUAUUCCUGCUCAUGCAGGACAGUGCGCCCACCAUAGCCACCUACCUGAGCCUGCAGUACCGCCGUGACGUGGUCUUCUGCCAGACCCUGACUGCCCUCAUCUGCGGCUUCAUCAUCAAGCUUAGGAACUGCCUGCAUGACGAUGGCUUCCUGCGGCAGCUGUACACCAUCGGGCUGCUGGCCCAGUUCGAGAGCCUGCUGAGCACCUAUGGUGAGGAGCUGGCAAUGCUGGAGGACAUGAGCCUUGGGAUCAUGGACUUAAGGAACGUGACCUUCAAAGUCACUCAGGCCACUUCCAGUGCUUCCGUGGACAUGCUGCCCGUCAUCACAGGAAAUCGCGAUGGGUUUAAUGUGCGGGUUCCUCUGCCAGGCCCGCUGUUUGACGCCCUGCCCCGGGAGAUCCAGAGUGGCAUGCUGCUGCGGGUGCAGCCCGUCCUCUUCAACGUGGGCAUCAAUGAGCAGCAGACGCUGGCUGAGAGGUUUGGCGAUACAUCUUUACAAGAAGUCAUCAAUGUGGAGAGUUUGGUGCGGUUAAAUUCCUACUUUGAGCAGUUUAAGGAAGUUUUGCCUGAGGAUUGUCUGCCUCGGUCUCGCAGUCAGACGUGCCUGCCAGAGCUGCUACGGUUUCUGGGUCAGAACGUGCAUGCCCGGAAGAAUAAGAACGUCGACAUUCUCUGGCAAGCUGCUGAGAUCUGCCGUCGCCUUAAUGGGGUCCGGUUCACCAGCUGUAAGAGCGCCAAGGACCGUACGGCCAUGUCAGUGACGCUGGAGCAGUGCCUGAUCCUGCAGCACGAGCAUGGCAUGGCCCCACAGGUCUUCACCCAGGCCCUGGAGUGCAUGCGCAGGGGCUGGGUGAAAAUCAGUAUGCUGCCUGUGCAGUUGGAGAGCUACCAAAAGGACACCAUGAGAUUAGCUUAGGCGGUGGGUUGGUUUUGGCUUUUUAAAACUUAAAGUAUUUGAAAAAAGAAACUCAGUUGCUCUCCCUUUAUGCUGAAUUUUAAUGUCACUAAGGCCUUUUACUCAUGAAAUCAGGCCAAAUACAUUUUCAAAAUCUUACCUGCUUUAGUGAGAGAUAGGCAGGAUGAAACAAACAUGGGGAGAUGAUUCAAGAAAGGGAUCAUUGACAUUUAGUGAUGGUUAUAGCUGCAUGUACAGAAGUGGUGCUGAGGCAUUGUUGAUACCAGCUCUAGGUGUUCAGGAUUAAACCAGCUUUCUCAAGUUAGGGAAGCCAUAAUCAGGAGUGAUCUCUUUGAAUGAUCUUAUAAAAUUGUUGUGUAAGUUUUUUCAACUAGUGUGACAGUCACCAUUUAUGCCUAAGGCUUGGUUCCAGCAGAGAUUUUAACACAAUGGCCUAUUCUCUCUCCACAAAGUGACAGGAGUAGCAGCCACUACCCCAUACUUGGCCAUAGAAUCACUAAGAUAUUGAUGCCUGCAGAUGAGUACUAAAAUGGAAAAUCCCACUGGAACUGGCAAACUAGAGGAUUCCCUAAAAUUAUCUGUCAUUUGGGGUUUCCAUUUUAAUUUUCAUUUCAAAAAUGGAUGCCCUUGAAAAGAAAUAAUUUAUUGAUAUAAAAGUAAUCAUGGAGUUUUGAAACAACUAAGUCCCUCUUGCUUAAAUCUAAGACCUUCUCUACAGGUGCCAUUGACUCCUAAAAAGUACGCAGCCAGUAUGAUCAGUGGAGGUGUUCUGCCUUAGGGCAGCAGGCUGGCCUCUGCGGCGGAAAGCCCCAGUUAACACAGGCCGUCCUCACCACCUCUGCAUACCUCGUCCCAGGCCCUCUUGCCAGCUUGUCGGCACGGGCAGUGGGAUGACAGUGUCGGCAUGUGGAUCAGCCGCUUCAGCCGGAUUAUGUAAAUUCAGACAUUUUGGGGAAAGAAAAUAAAAUCUGAUUUGAAAACUAUGUUGAAAUGAAAGUACAAUCUUUAUUAUAACUUCAUGUAUAAUGUGUUCAGCCAACUAAACUAGGCAUUAGCUCCUUUAAGAUGUAAAUAAAAGAUAAUGUCAAAGUUCACAAAUUAUUCUGCCUCGCUCCUCACGGCAGUUUAGCAUUUACUAGUGAUAGGUGGUUUUUAAGCAGUUUGUACGUUUCUAUAUAAAUGGAGAAGCCAUAUCUGAAGUAGUUCAUUGAUGUAAGAGUUUCCAAAGAUUAAAGGAGAUUAACUGUGCAUAGGAACCUAUAGCUUCUGCUUUAAGUGGAAGUAUGUUUUUGAUUACUGAAUGUUAGGCAAACAUGAUUGUUACUCCGGGGGGCCUGCUCCUGUGGCCUGGGUGUUCAGCUCAGAUGACACCUCAGCUCAGCUGAGGCGUUGAGGCUCUGUGACAAGAAAGCAUAUCCAAGUUACCAAAUUAGUUAUAACAACCAGGUGGAUACUUUUCUAAACUAUCAGAGCUUAGCUUUUGAAUAAAAAUUACUAUCUUACCAAAAGUAUUUUACAUGUUCUUGAUGAGACUGUCAUUUUCACUUUAAAGGCUUGAGCAAUUGCCACUGAUAUUUUUUUAAAGUGCAUGACAUAAUGAUCUUCAAACAGUUUGAAUUUUUUUAAAAAAAUCACUGUUUCUUGCUAACUGCAAAUUUUGCAUCUCAUAAAGGGAAUUUUGUACUAAAUUUGAUAACUAGUUGAUUUCAUUGCUAGUCUUAGAACAGUAUACAACUAUCAAGUUAUACUGUGCUGUGGGAAGUCAUUUAUGUAUAAAGUCACUUUUGCUGAUUAGUUUUAUGUCUACACCUGAACAUUUCCCAGAGAACUCCCCGGAUGCACUCACUAAGCAGGUGAGGACACCUGGCUACUCAUCCUCCCAUGCAGUGUUUGUUUUUUGCCUUCCUCCCGGAUUGCCAUGGCAACCCUCCAUCAAAUGCAGCUUGGGAUGAUGCUGGUAGUGAGUUCUCUAGGGAAGGGUACCUGUGGGCUCUCAUUGGCUCAGUGGCACUUGUGCAAGAGGGAACACAUGAGGGCAGCCCACCUGUGGAAGGGCUGCGGGCUGCUGGCUGCUGCCAGAUCUCGGUGAGGUCCCUCCUUCAUGACAUUCCAGCCCUGAUUGCCAGGCUGGUCUGCAGACAGUGCAUGAGCCCAUUGGAUUUCCUGGCACCCAGAACAAGUGUCCUCCAGGAGACAGCAGAUUGGAACAGCCUUCCCAGCCACAUGCCUUUGCUACAUGUUGAAUUCUGCAAGGAAAGUCAACAUUUGGAAUUUCAAUGUGAUUACAGCUCUUGCUAAUAUAGAAAAGUACAGCUCAUUAAAGCUUACUAAAGUGUAGCUUUAGUAAGAGUAGUGAUAUUUCUCUUUCCACUUAAUUUGCUAUGUAAGGUAACCUUUGAACCACAAGUUAAGAUAGAACCCCAAAUGACUUAGACAUGGGCUACAUGAAGUCAUUCAUUCACUUUUAAAAAGUUUGCUUCUACUUAGAUACAGUGCUACUUUUAGGAAUGCACAGCUCACAGCCCCAUGCAGCAUGUGUCCAUCUCUGUGCUUCUUAAUUGCCUUGUUCAGAAACCUGCCAUUUUACGUAUGUAUUUGUUGUAAAUGAGUCCAGCACCCAUUUAAAUUAAUCUUUUUUUUAAUGUUAUGAAAAUAAUCAGUUCAUUUCAUCUUAGUUUAAGUCUUUUCUUUUUUCCUUUUUUACUGCUGUCAUUUCUUGUGCUUGUUUUUU